AGCCGCAGCGGCGACGGGCGACUCGCCGCUUCGGCGCCGUCAGCGGGAGGGUUUGCGCGGGAGCGGGCCGGCGAGGAGGAGAGCCGAUGGCGAGGUUACCGCUCCCUCCGCCGCCGCCGCCGCCGCCGGCCAGCCCUUAAGCAGGCGCCGGGCGGAGAGCAGCCUCGCAGCAUGACGACUCCCCGCCGCCUCGACAAGGCGCUGAAGAUGCCCCUGCAGAGGAAGACCAAGAUCCAUUCGGCGGCUGGUCCCAUUUGCUCUAAUUCGGGCUACAAGAAGGCGGAUGAUGAGAUGUCCGGGGCCACGUCCUCUGCAGACCAGGGAGAGGCAGCAGCUCGCACCAUUUACUUGAAUGAACCUCAACAAAGCAAGUUCCACGACAACCGGGUCAGCACAGCUAAAUACAGCGUGGUGACAUUUCUACCUCGAUUCCUGUAUGAACAGAUUAGAAAAGCUGCAAAUGCUUUCUUCCUCUUCAUUGCCUUACUGCAGCAAAUUCCAGAGGUUUCCCCAACUGGAAGAUAUACUACCUUGGUGCCAUUACUAUUUAUUCUAACAAUUGCUGGCAUCAAAGAAAUCAUAGAAGAUUAUAAAAGACACAAAGCUGACAGUACAGUGAACAGAAAGAAAACAAUAGUGUUAAGAAAUGGAACAUGGGAGGAUAUCAUGUGGAAAGAGGUGGCAGUGGGAGACUUUGUGAAGGUCACCAAUGGGAAGCAUCUCCCAGCAGACAUGAUCAUUUUAUCUACCAGUGAACCUCAGGCAAUGUGCUAUAUUGAAACAGCUAAUCUUGAUGGAGAGACGAACCUUAAAAUACGCCAGGGAUUGAUUCAGACAGCUAACCUCCAAUCAAAAGAAGACCUGAUGAAAAUGUCUGGGACGAUAGAGUGUGAAGGACCUAAUCGUCACCUCUAUGAUUUCACUGGAAAUCUCCGCCUUGAAAAUCAAAGUCCAGUUCCAAUUGGACCUGAUCAGAUUUUACUAAGAGGUGCACAAAUAAGGAACACUCAGUGGGUUUUAGGAAUAGUUGUCUACACAGGACAUGACACAAAACUUAUGCAGAAUUCAACCAAAGCUCCACUGAAGAGAUCAAAUGUAGAUAAAGUUACCAAUAUGCAGAUUCUCAUUUUGUUUUGCAUCCUUCUCGUCAUGGCUUUAGUGAGUUCUGUGGGUGCCUUACUGUGGAACAGAACACAUGGAGAAGUCAUUUGGUACUUUGAUUCCAAUGAAGUCCUAUCCACUAAUUUUGGAUAUAAUCUGCUGACCUUUAUAAUCUUGUACAACAACCUCAUUCCCAUCAGUCUACUGGUGACUCUGGAAGUUGUGAAGUUUACUCAGGCUCUUUUUAUAAAUUGGGACAUAGAUAUGUAUUAUACUGAAACUGAUACACCUGCAAUGGCCAGAACUUCAAAUCUUAAUGAGGAACUUGGCCAGGUUAAAUAUCUAUUCUCUGAUAAAACAGGCACCUUAACAUGCAAUAUUAUGAAUUUUAAGAAAUGUAGUAUUGCUGGAGUAACAUAUGGUCACUUCCCAGAACUGGCAAGAGAAUGUUCAUCAGAAGAUUUCAGCCAGCUUCCACCUCCUAUUAGUGAAUCUUGUGAAUUUGAUGAUCCAAGACUGCUGCAGAACAUCGAGGCUGAUCACCCCACAGCUAUGCACAUCAAAGAAUUCCUCACUCUGCUGGCUGUGUGUCACACGGUUGUUCCAGAAAGACACGAAAACACCAUCAUCUACCAGGCCUCCUCUCCAGAUGAAGGCGCUUUAGUCAAAGGAGCAAAAAAACUUGGCUAUGUUUUCACUGGGAGGACACCACGUUCUGUCAUCAUUGAUGCGCUAGGAAAAGAAGAGACAUUUGAGAUCCUUAACGUAUUGGAAUUUUCAAGUGAUCGAAAGAGGAUGUCUGUAAUUGUCCGGACUCCAGAUGGUCAACUACGUUUGUACUGCAAAGGAGCUGAUAAUGUCAUUUUUGAGAGAUUAUCCAAAGACUCAAAGUACAUGGAGCAAACUCUAUGUCAUCUUGAAUAUUUUGCCACAGAAGGUUUGAGGACUUUGUGCAUCGCAUAUGCAGACCUUUCAGAAAACUCUUACCAGGAAUGGCUGGACGUAUAUAACGAAGCCAGCACGAAUUUGAAAGAUAGAACUCAAAAGUUGGAAGAGUGUUAUGAGAUAAUUGAGAAGGAAUUGCUGCUUCUGGGUGCAACAGCAAUUGAGGAUCGCCUUCAAGCUGGCGUCCCGGAAACAAUAUCUACUCUAAUAAAAGCAGAGAUCAAGAUUUGGGUACUAACGGGGGACAAACAAGAAACUGCUAUCAAUAUAGGGUACUCCUGCAGGCUUGUUUCCCAAAGUAUGACUCUCAUCCUUGUGAAUGAAGACUCUUUGGAUGCAACAAGAGCUGCAUUAACGCAGCACUGUGAAAAUCUGGGAGACUCACUGGGCAAAGAAAAUGAUAUUGCCUUGAUUGUAGAUGGCCAGACGCUAAAGUACGCCCUUUCCUUUGAAGUAAGGAAAUCCUUCUUGGACCUAGCGUUGUCCUGCAAGGCUGUCAUUUGUUGCAGGGUGUCUCCUCUGCAGAAGUCAGAAAUAGUAGACAUGGUAAAGAAACAUGUGAAUGCCAUCACUCUGGCCAUAGGGGAUGGUGCCAACGAUGUUGGAAUGAUCCAGACGGCUCAUGUUGGAGUGGGGAUCAGUGGCAAUGAAGGCAUGCAGGCAACCAACUCUUCUGAUUAUGCAAUAGCACAGUUUUCCUACUUGGAGAAGCUGUUACUUGUCCAUGGAGCCUGGAGUUACAAUCGAGUGACAAAAUGCAUAUUGUAUUGCUUUUAUAAGAAUGUGGUUCUUUAUAUUAUUGAGCUUUGGUUUGCAUUCGUUAAUGGAUUCUCUGGGCAGAUUUUAUUUGAGCGCUGGUGCAUUGGGCUCUACAAUGUGAUUUUCACAGCAUUACCUCCCUUCACCUUGGGAAUCUUUGAACGAUCGUGCUCGCAGGACAACAUGCUUAGGUUUCCCCAGCUCUACAAAAUUACUCAAAAUGCUGAUGGGUUCAAUAGCAGGGUGUUCUGGGGUCAUUGCAUCAAUGCCUUGAUCCAUUCCAUCAUUCUUUUUUGGCUUCCCCUGAAAGCACUAGAACAUGAUACAGUGUUUACAAAUGGCCAGGCUGUUGACUACCUGUUUGUUGGAAAUAUUGUUUAUACGUAUGUUGUGGUGACAGUCUGUUUGAAAGCUGGCUUAGAAACCACAGCAUGGACAAAGUUCAGUCACUUGGCUGUCUGGGGAAGCAUGCUGCUCUGGCUCGUCUUCUUUGGUGUCUACUCUACUAUCUGGCCAGUCAUUCCUAUAGCACCAGACAUGCUUGGACAGGCAGGAAUGGUAUUGAGAUGUGGACACUUCUGGAUCGGUUUAUUGCUCGUGCCCACAGCGUGCCUUGUUAAAGAUGUGGCAUGGAGAGCGGCCAAGCAUACUUACCGUAAAACUUUGCUGGAGCAGGUUCAAGAGUUGGAAGCUAAAUCCAAAGAGCUGAGGAAAUCUAUGCUGCGUGAUAGCAAUGGAAAGAGCGUGAAUGAACGUGACCAUUUGUUAAAAAGGCUGGGCAGAAAGACCCCGCCAUGCCUCUUCCGUGCUCAUUCUGUCCAGCAAGGAGUGCCACAUGGUUAUGCUUUUUCUCAAGAGGAGCACGGGGUCGUUUCUCAGUCUCAAGUUGUUCGAUCCUAUGACACCACAAAGCAGAGAGCCAGAGUGGAAUAACAUGGACUUCUUCCUCAUGAUUGGUGGCUGGAGGAAAGAGAUGUGGAUCAAUGUGUCCACUGUGAAUACACCCUCGAGUAAGGCUGGCAGCAGCAACGUAAACACCGGAAAACUUUUUCCUGUGGCCUUAGCCAACAAGUUUGUUCUCUCUGCUGCUUCCAGACCUUGAGCACCAACCUUGUGGAGGUGGGGUGGGAGAGCAGUCCUUGCCGGAAGCCAGCCGUUCUUUUGGUUUACGUGGUUUCUGAAACAUUUGGCACUGCUGCCCAAGGUGUGAUGCUGAAAACAUUUUGUUUUUAUUGCCAUUUUUCAAAAGACAGGGCAAAAGGUAUUUGUGGUUUUGCAGAGAAAACCUAAAAAGAAAAGGUGUGAUAAGGCCCGUUGCGGAUCUACCUUUGCUGAAUUCAGACGUCCCAUUUUGUCAUGCCCAGACUUAGCUGCAUGUAUGAAGCCUUUAUAAUACUCACUGUUUAUUUGACUGGAAUGUUUACAGAGAGGCGAAAAAGUGCAGAGAAACAAAUGUGGUGGGGGGAGGAGAAGAAAGAAAUAAGGCCCCAGAACAAUCAUCAACAGCUUGUCUUGGAAUGGAUCAACACUAUACAAAAUACUUUACAGAAUUCUUAGCUGUUUAAGCAAACCUCACACAGACAUCCACAAUAAUUUACUCUGCUGUAAUGCUAUCACCCAAGUCAUUUGAAUGGCAGGCCUGUAUCAAAAUUACAAUUGAAAUGCGGCUUUUUAUUAAGAUAGAUCUGGUCUGGUAUGAAAGGGGAAAAAAUAUCUUAUUGUUCUGAUGAAGAGACAAAGAAAGUGUCUAGCUUUAAAUUCAAUCACAUCCAUUUAACAUUUUGUCCCCACUGUGGCUCAUGACUUAAAAUACUCCAGUGCACAUGUGCAGAGACAAGUUGGUGCCUUAACAUUUUCUGCUUGUGAAACUCAAUAGAACUUAUGAGAGCUGGUAUCAGACUAUAUAUUGGACUAACUGGACCUUAAGAAAGAUUGGAAAGAUUAGGAAAGAACUACAGGUCCAUGUUAGGUGACCCCAGAGUUUUUACUGCAGUGUAAUAAGAUCUCCUUUCAAAUCAAAUACACAGUGAAAAAGUAACCUCCCUUAAGAAAAUAUAUCACUGAAAUAAACGAAGACUUAACCUGUAAUAACUUAAGCAUCUCUGUUUCUAUUCAUCGCUUGGAAAAAAUGGCAUAAAAAUGUUUAAAUGUUUUCUAUGGUUGUGGGAAGUAUUGCAACAAGUAGAGGGAAAUUUCACUUAGUUAUGGUUGUUUAUUUUUUCUUAAAAUCAGCCUCAAGGACAUGGCAUGGCCUCUUCAGGGAACAAUGUCCUGUGAGGAUUGGUUGUACAAAUACAUCCAGAUUGUAUUGCAAAAUAUUGGGCUAUUGUUUGGUUUGUCUACUUCUCCUGGCAGAGCUUUCUGUGCUGCAAGGAUAAUUCUGUUAAAGAGAAAGUAGCACUUGUAGUAAAGGAGCUUCUGUUUGCUAAUAAUUCUACCUGUCAUGCAUUGUUAACAUCACAAAAAAUCCUAUCAGAAAAAUAAGUUGCCAUGUCUAGUUAGCAUGCCAGUAAACAAUUGUGUUCACAGGUCCACAAAAAGGAUGUCCUCCUAACUUUUCUUUCCCAUGGUAUUUUAAUUUCUGGAUUUGUUUAAAAUGAAAUCCUGAGAAAUGCAAAGAACCCUUGCUUGAAUGGUUAAUACCCUCUCUGGAAGGUCCCCAAGGUGGUCUUUCAGGAGGCAACUGGACUUUCUAGUUUUUUUUCUUCAAAGAUAUUUUGCUUCUCAUCCAAGAAGCUUCUUGGAUGAGAAGUGAAAUGUCUUUAAAGAAAAAGCAAGAAAGUCCAGUUGCUUACUGAAAAAGCACCUUUGGGACAACCAAGACCUGGAUGACUGAGAAUCUCUACAGACCUCUCUGGAAUACCUUGAAUCCUGCAUGAUUUCAGAGCAAACAAAAUAUGAAUGAAGCCCUUAGAUUCACCUGGUGCUGCUAUCUAAGCAAGCAGCCUCACUACGUUUCUGAAUAGCUUAAGAUAAAUACCACUGCAACUUUAUCCUCAGGUGCAUCAGCCGUUUAUCCUGUGUGCUGUACAUAAGGCCUUAAAAAGUUGACACUUUAUUAGUCCUUUUUGCUGACAGAUCUCUGGAACAUAGGUAAAUUUGAGAAAAUGGUCACUGAGAGAUCUAUUCAUCCAGCAAAAAGAAGUUAACCAUCUCUUUACCUAGGCUGGAGGGCCUGAAAUCAAUUCCAGUGCAUGUGUGUCAUUAUUCAGUAUGUACCACUUUUAAGAAUUAACAUUUUCCUGUAGAUAUUUUUAAAUAAUUAUUCCACAGCAUUCUACUAGCACUACAUGAGCUUAAAAAAUGAUUUGGAAGAAAUGCUUUAGGCCAGGGGUGUCAAACUCAUGUCUCACAUCAACGUCACUUGACGUAUUGGGACUUUCCCCCACUUCGCUGAACUGGGCGUGGGUAUGGCCAGCGUGAGGUGCAUCCAGCCCGCAGGUGGGAGUUUGACAGCCCUGCCUUAGGCCUUGUAUAAACGCAGCACCUCCUUCCUGUUCUUUAAAACAGUCUGAUUAUUUUUCAGGCUUGACUGCUGCUUUAAGAAGUCAGUUCAUUAAAGUAAACGUGAUUCUUAGAGGAGCAACAUUUUUUUCAGGUUCUCACAGUAUUGUUCACUGUGAGUAGAGUUGCUUUCAUCAAGAUAGGCAGCAUGUAAGUUUAAUAAAUAAAAAGAAGUAUGGGUGGGCCAAACUCCUGGUCAUUGUAGUCUGGUUUAGAGAACAAAGGAAGGAAAAUGAUUAUAAGGUUGGAAGCACAGGUGUUGGGUUUCCUGGAGCGAAACCUGAUGAAAAUAUGUGAAUAAGCUCAAUUUAAAGAAUUGCCUGCUUAUUGUCCUUGUUUUUGUAUAAUUAGCUUCAUAAAAAGCAGAAACAAUGCCAAUUGUUUAAAACAGUCAAACAAAUAAAGGCAAAAAUAGCUUAAUCGAGAAAGAUCU